AUGCUUUUACACUUUCACAUCAAAUUCUGUUCUUUCAGUGCUACUGGAAAUUUGAAAAUCGCUGAAGUUGAUCCAGGUGGUCAUUUUGUAACAAUCCUGAAUUGUGCCCCUGAAAAAGAGCAAAGCAUUGGGGAUUAUCUCUUGAAGCAGGAUGUCGAAGGUCAACCAGUGGCUGUAUUUCGGUUUCCUCCUGAGACCAGGAUGGGGCCCAACUCCACUGUGACGGUUUGGGCAGCAGAUGCUACAGUGCUUCACAAACCUCCCUUGGAUUUUCUUUGGAAGGACCUGGAGAAAUUUAGGACAAGCCUUGACUGUGCUACCAUUCUCUGUGAGCCUAGUGGUCAGGCUGUGGCUUGGUACACUCCUCUCUACUGGAACAAAAGGCAAGGAUGGGUGGCAAAAGAGGAAAGUGAAAAAUUUGAGAAUGCUGUUAUACCAACUUCCUCAAUAAUGAAGCAAAAACAGGGAUGGGGAAAUGAACAGGAAUUUACAAUAACUGAUACAGAGUGGAAGAGGGCUGACCCAUGGCAAACAAGAAAAAGACGACAAAGCUUCAUUAAAAGGGAGAAAGAGACUUCUGCAUCCCUUUUCCCUAAUCAGAGUCCCUGGUGCCAAAGUCCAAACUCUCCGGCACACCCUCACUUUUCUCUGGUUAGACCAUUAACCAUGGGGAACGACGGCAGCAGUUUGUGCAGGCAGUCCCGGUGUCAGUCAUCAAGGCCCGACUCCGUGCCAG